AAGCUGAAGCACACGUUUUAUUUAACAAUUUUCCAAUUUAAUUUCGAAUAUUUUUGGUCAUUUCAUUGCAUGUAUUAUUUUUGCAGAAAGUAAAAAGAAAUUCAUUAAAUAUUGCAGUGAAUCAAAUUAAUUAUCAGAGCAACAACUGCAACAACGGCAACAAUUGUGGCAACUACUUCUAUCGAAAUGGAUACCAAUGUGGAUCUGCCUCCGGGUGAGAAGCGACUUGGACUGAUCGCUGCCAUGGCACACUUUAGGCCAAAAACAGCCACGCCCAUUCAGUUCUACAACUAUGUGAGGGAGUUUUGCAUAAUGCACGACUGCAGCAUCGACGAGGCCAUGGCGAGGACGCCCGACACGUGGACGAAACUGGGCAAGGCGCAGAGAGAACUCUACAAUUCGAAGAUGCACGCAGCUCUGCCCAUUCCUGUGCCGCGACACCAAAUCUAUUGUGCCUUGAAAAUGGAACGCGCCGGCCGCUGGAAGAUCAGUGCGAUGCCAACGGCGAACGGUGCCUCCACCACUUACUCAAUGGAAUCCUAUGCGCCGCCCAUCAAGCCAACCAAGCGGCAAACACGGCUGCGUGCCCAGCAGCCACGCUUUGACAACCUGGCCGAAUCUUCGCUGUGGUCGCCGACUCAGCCAAAGAAGUUGCAAGCGCAGCAGCAGCAGCAGCAGCCAACCAGCCCAGCCAAAGGGUGUCUCCAUGAAGUGAUAAGUGGGCGGCAAAAGGUGCAAGUGAAGCCUUUGUGUGCAGCUGCAAUUGUGGUCAAACAGCAGCAGCAGCAGCAGCAGCAGCAGCAGCAGAAAUUGAAGGAGCAGAGCGCUGCGGAGCAGAGGCAGAAGCGCAAGAAGAAGAAGAAGAUGAUGUCGCCGAGUGGUGCCUCCAAAACAGAGUGCAGACGAAAGCAUUCGAGUGGUAAGCGAAACAAGAAAAACUCUAUUUGAAUGCAACCAAAAGCAACUUCUGCUGUCAACUUGCAACCAACUUGCCACUCGAAAUAUGUUUCAGUCCAUGUCAGUCCAUGUAACUAAUAUAGAACUGUGUCAAACUUUA